AUGGCAGCUAAGAAACGGGGAUCACGGAAAACUUCGCGCAACGAAGAAGAGUCGCAAGUUCAACGGGUUUGCGCCAAUCGCAGGGAAAGACAAAGGACAAAGGUACGAUUCUCUUACGUACUUCAAAAGAACGAUACAAAUAACGAUGUUAUUCUCUGAAUAAUGGUGAGGCUCUCAAGUAAGCUUUUUCGUAACUUCUCCUUGCGUGAAAAUUUUUUUUCUUUAACUGAAAAAUUUUCUUUAAAAAUGUAAAAAUUGAUUUCUUUAACAAUGACAAGUGAAGUCUGAAUAAUUAGAAAACGUUCCACUUUCCCAUGUUUUUUGCUGAAGUUUCAAAGAAAUUAAUUUGGCUCUGGAGCUCCCGGCCUUUUUCUUUUCAACCCUUUUACUCAAAAUCUUCUACCUCCAUUAGUGGGGAUCAACUUCGAGAAGUUCUAAACUUCAGUUUUAUAUAAUUUGAUUAAAGGGGCGCCGUACAUCCUUUUUAAUUGAUAAACCUCCAAAAAAAUAAAAAAAAAUAAAAUGAAGACCUGAAAAAAAGGCGUGAAUUUGAAGUAAUAAAGGCUUUAUUCAAACCAAAAAGAUUUUUCUUUUUCAAGUUAGGAGUAUGUUUUUUUCCUCAAACAUUAUUUAGACUAAUUCUUAAGGGAAAAAAAUGCACCUAUUCUCAAUUUAUUACUUUUUCUCAUCCUGCACACUCGCGCUGGAAGGUUUUAUGGACGGAUAAAGAAUGUUUUCCUGAAAAUUUUUUGGAAAAAAGAAAUUUCUUCUCGAAACCGUUAAAACUAAGGCAUUAGCUGAUAAAAGUUCUAGCUUUUUUUGUCUGGUUUGGUCAGUGUUAUUCACAUAACUCAAGCUUUCUUUCUUUUUUUCAAGCCGUUCUUUUUCGAAUCAAAAUCUUUUUAAGAUAAUUUAUGUUGUUCGAAAAAAAAUGUUAAGUAGUUAUUGAACUUUCCGCUCAACUCUGGUCACUUGAAUUUGAAAACAAUGAUAUUCAAAAAAAAACCUGUCAAUACCGACUGAUAACGUUACAAAUUGCGAGAAAGCUAGGCGGUACAGAAUCCUUUGACUAAUGCGAGUCCGCAUUUUACAACGCGAGUGUCCCAAUAUUCAAGCUGGAACUCUGCGCCUGAGAAAAUGAUCGUUUACGACGAAGCUGUAAACUUUUGGCGGCGUUUCUCGCGGUCGGCCGGUCACUCCGCAGAGCUACGGUGGAUCCUCCUCCGUUCACCAGGGCACACUUGCUGUAUCGCACGGAUUAGCGGGUUCACGGGUAUUGGGUAACUGUCAAGAAACGACUCGGUGUCCGUUACCAAACAACCUCGCUGCACAGGUGCGCAUAUGAUGAGAAAAACAACAAGUUGGGGCGAGAUCUCGCUUUUUGUUACCAAUUUGUCGGAAUAGUACUCACAAAACUUGCCUUCUUUUGGUUUGGCACGAAGAUCUUUUUUUGGUUCAAUUGAAGCAUGAACUACUUCUGAUUUUCGCUUAUUUUUAGAUCUCAGUUCAAAUUAUCCCUGGCCUCAACUGAAAACUGAGGGCUUUUUCCAACUAAUAUUUCAAUAUGAACUAAACGUUUUAAAAUUCGUAUGACACUCACCUUCAAGGAAUGUUCGAUAUUACUUGAAAAUAUCAUUUAGUCGGAACAAAAGUUGAAAGGGUCAGAAUUCUUUUUUGAUUGUUAUUUCUUUUCACAUUUUUUCAUUUAAGGCAUUUAAAUGAAAAGAAUAUGGGAAAAUAUCCGAACGAAACUCUGAAAAUUGGGCCAUCUGCCGCCGAGCCAAGUUUUACCGCACGGUUCCCACGCUUCGGCAGGCCUGAGUUAUGUCUCUGGCAGCCUCGGAGGAGAACCGCGUAACUUGGCCCUUUUAACACGGUUCCUGAGGUUGCGAGUGAUGGAUAGGUGCCCGUAAUGAGUGAAAUACCCCGGAUUUCACGAAUAAAACAUCUCAAUUGCAGGAAUUGAACGACGCGUUCGCACUUCUCCGAAAGCUGAUUCCUUCGAUGCCGUCCGACAAAAUGAGCAAAGAUACACACUCUGCGGAUCGCCACCGACUAUAUCAAGUUUCUCGAUCAGGUAUUUUCAUCUGGAGACACUAUGGAAAAUAUACUUCAAACGAGUUUUAAUCAUUUUUUUAAAUGAGAACUUCGAUGUUUGUGACGUUUUGUAAACUUCUUGAGUAUCACAAAAAAACUUUCUUGAAGCGGUGACUUUGAUUGUUUUUUGUCUAAAAAAAUACAUUCUAAAAAAACAUUACAAAUUUUAAGAAAAUUAAAUCAAAUUAACGAGAACUGAAUUGUAAAGUUCAUGUUUUAUGCUUGGAACGGCUACUUAUACCGUGUUUUUGAUUAGGUUUUUGAAACUUUUAAACUACAGUCUCGAAAGUGAUUUUCAGUUUUCAUUCACGAGGUAAAAUGAAAAAAGGUGAAUGAAAAAAAAGUUAAUUAGAAAUUUCAGCACAACUCGUGCUGAUACCGCGACUAUUUAUACAUAAAUAAAAAGUUGUUUGAAAAAAAGUUUUCAUUAAACUUGACCGGCCCGACCGCUCGCGAACAAUAUGUUCUCUUGGAUUGGAGUUGGGGAAGGAAAAUGGAUGAAAAUACGUUGGGUCUUGAAGAAGCAAACUCUCCAGUGUUAACUUGAAUCAUAAACUGUCUUUAAAUGAAACAAGACGACUGCAAGCUGUUCGGCGUGAGCAUCUUCGACGAGAAGAACGGCUACGGCCUCCAGGCCUCUUUCAACCUCUGGCGAAGCCACAUCGGCACCGGAUCCGUUCCCCUCACACAUUCGAUAGGUUUUCAGAGUUCCCAAUUCAAUUCUUAUAUAUCGAUCCAGGAGGUCCGAUGCAGAAUAUCCCUACAAACUGUCUGCCGCCAGGUGGCGCGAUCCAUUACUUGAACUAUUCCUAUCCCUACAUGAUGAAGCCAGGUAAGGCAAUACCAGGAGAAAAGGCCGUACGAUCCACUGUUUGAGGAGAAACGACAAUAUAGACGAUAUCAAUGAAGUUUUGAAUCUUGUUGAACGAAUUUCAGUUCGUUCAUAGCUGAAAACUAGAAUUAAAAAAGAAAAGGUCGUAUAAUGGGAAAAUAUGAUUGUUAAAAAUGUUUGUGAUCGUUUUUGAAAGUGCAGUAAAAAACUUUGCAAAGGUCUCGAGAGGAAGAAACGUUUUUCCAGAUUAUUUCAGUUCAUUUAAGACUUUUUGAUCCUUCAGAAUUUCAGCAAGUCAUUAUGAAAAAAACAUGAAAAUAAUGAGCGGUUUUUUUCAGUUAGUAGAUAUUUUUACCAUAGAAAAAAAUAAAUUCAGACGGUUUUUCAGACUACUGCGAAAUGAAUGAAGUACCUCCAUCGCUACCUGUCGCUUGGUAG